GAUGGAUUACACUGAGUAAAAUUUAGGAAUGGGGACUUUGGUUGAAAAAAAGUUGUUUAAAGAUUUAAUUAAAUGACUUCUGUUUCAUACAACAGUCAUUUAAUGAUGGCUUAUUAUUAUAUAACCUUUUACAGUAAACGUGGUUUGGUUAUCUUGGAAAAGCAAGUACUCUUUUGAUGGUCUUCCAACUUCGCUAAUGCCGCUUUAAUUAAUUCACUAUAUUACCUAUAAUGAGCAGAUUGAAUGUAUAUCAACUAUGAUUGUGUGUAUCACAGUUUCUCAAUGUCAGGCUCUGGAGUUGAUCAAUAUUUGUUUGAUACCUUCAAAUCUGUGGUGGCAUGUAACCAAGUUAUUUCACUCAAGCGCUGCACUUGUACCACUGUGCAACAUAACACAGUUACUUUGCAAAUUAAGAGUAUUAAUGCAAAAUUUAAUCAACCUACAGAUUGUGGAUGAAGCUACUAGCAGUACAUCAGGUUGUCAAAAUCAACACUGCCUUUAGCGUCUGCAACAUUUGUGAUGUUUACACACUAAUCCAGUCGUUUAUACACAGUACGUCUUCUGACAUGGGCCUUUCUGCAUCAUGUAUUUGUACUUUUACUGGACAUAAGUUUUGUGAGCAGGGCUUUUACUAACCACUGCAUUUAACAGACCGUCAAUCCUUUUUAUAAUUCUGUUUGGAGAACCUUCCUUGUUCUUGAAAACAGACUAUUCCUGUGUGACACGUAUCACGACUCUGUUUUGUGGUUUCAUCGAACCCGUUGAGACCAAGGGCCGAAGAAGUCUACAAAGGUUCAUCAAAGAUUCACUGAUUAAUCGAAUUGUGGUUUCGAAAAUGUGGUUUAGAAAAUGUUUAGAAAAAAUAUUCAGAAGUUAUUCCAUUUUUCACAAAGACCAUGCUGCUGUGUUGAGUUGGCUUAUUUAGGACGUCAUCCAACAAACACUGGCAGCAAAUGAUCUCAAAGGAAGUAGUUGUAAUUAGUGAAUAGACUGAUGACAUCUAUCAUCAAGCGUUUUACUGGAUAGCAACUGAAAUGAACAAUCAGUCAUCAUAAUAGUUUAAAAAAAUGUAAAUAUAUAUUAUUGAUCUUUCGUGAGCGACUAAUCCAUUGUGAAAGCUACUCAAAAAAACAAUUACCCCAUAUUUGAAGAUAUUUCCAGAUUCUUUAUAGUCCACCCGGACGAAAAAAAACAAAAUGUUUUUUUUUAUUAAACGCUGUUCCCCAGGUGGUCACGCCCCCUUGUUCCGGAUCAAAACAAAGAUGGCCGCCCACAGGCCAGUGAUAGCGGCACACAGUUGGCAAACUUUUACCCGCCAGGGAAUGUUUUUCUGUUUAGAUGUCUGGAAGAGCCUUCGGGGAAUGUGAAAACACAGUGAGAACAGUUGUGAGUCGGGAGGGAUGACUGAGUCCGCCAUGACGGGACUUCAUGUUCCUGCACACACCAAGCAGAACACUCCUCACGCAGCUCUGUCUCCUCGGGACACUCCGGAGUUUCACCCUCCUUCACCGAGUCUGGCUUUCUGCGGCAGCAUGUCAGGUGAGCUGACGGGAGCUGGGGAUGCAUCACCCGAGACCUCAAGGAACCUGCAGUCACUUCACAGUGGCCGUUAACAUGAUCAAGGCUAAUGACGCCUGUGUGCAGAGCGACACGGGCACUUCCACCUCCUCCCCCCUUCCCUCCCUCCCUCCCGGGUCGGAACAAGAGCCGCAGACGCAGCCGACUCCCGAGUCCAGGCCGAGAGACAGCGAUCGGGCUUCGGCCUCAGGUGCAUCUCUGAGGCGGAGGCGACGCGGAGGGUCCAGGUGUUGUGGAGGCAUGGACUGUAACUGCGUCAGUGAUCUGCUGCUCCCCCCGGUGCCGGCACUCUGGACACCAGGGUUCGCCUUCCCGGACUGGGCCUACAAGCCUGAGUCGAGCCCCGGGUCCAGGCAGAUCCAGCUGUGGCACUUCAUCCUGGAGCUGCUGCAGAAGGAGGAGUACCAGGGGGUGAUCGCCUGGCAGGGGGACUACGGCGAGUUCGUCAUCAAGGACCCCGACGAGGUGGCCCGACUGUGGGGGAUCAGGAAGUGCAAACCUCACAUGAACUACGACAAGCUGAGCAGGGCACUGAGGUAUUAUUACAACAAGCGCAUUUUGCACAAGACCAAAGGGAAACGUUUCACCUACAAGUUUAACUUCAGCAAGGUCGUGCUGGUGAACUACCCCAUCCUGGACAUGGCCAACUCCCCCUUCUUUCUGGCCCAGAAUCACUUCAACGGGAACUCGGCCACACCGGACUGCACCCCAGAGGCCAUACAGUCCCUGUUUCCCCGUUUGCCAGACUCCGGCAGAGGAACAUCCCUGUUUGAUCGAGGGACCACGGCACCGGGGCCUGAGGGAGACAAGCUAAGACUGGACACAUUCCCUUUCCUCAGUUCAGGUGCCCCGUGCUACUCCAAACCCCCGUCUCUGCUGGGCCCGUACCCUCGCAACCCACCCUUUGACUACCCCUGGGGCUUCAACCCCUACCUCCCAGGGGCCUUCUCUCUCAAUAACUGCCCCAAACUGCCCCCUGGCUCCCUCUACCCCUCCCAGUUUUACCCCAACCCUCUGCAGAGCAGCCUUUCACAGCUGCCUCACCCCUUCUCCUCCUUGCUCCCCCCUGGGGAGGCAGGUGGGGGUGAGCGGGGAGCGGCAGGGCAAACUGGAGGGACAAACGGCACAGCGGGUGGUCAGCCAGUCAGACUGUGCCUGCCACCCUACCCAGGGAGCCUGUCGAUAGGUCGGACGGACAUUGGCAACGGGCUGACACUGGGGGAAAGGCCGGAGGCCAAUCCCCCAGGCACGGUGCUGAGUCUGGGGCUGGGAGCGGUCGGGCUGGGAGCCGGUACUGGGCCAGGCCGGCAGAGCCCCACAGAGAGGAGAGGGGGGGUGAAGCAGGACCCGGAGUCGGACUCGGACCUGGAGAUCACAGACCUGAGCGACUGCAGCUCGGAUAAUGAGAACGAGCACGAAUUUGGCACGGGGAAGGAAUCCAGCCUGGCGAACCGAGCACAGAUCCUGUUGGACGGGAAGAAAGGGAGCGCGCUGCCACCCAUCUCCUCUCUCCCCCCGCCAGUGUCACCGCAUCCUCUGAAGAGCCUGAUCCCCAUCAGUCCUCCUCCGCCAUCCCUGGCGCCGUCACUUUCCCCCGCCAUGGCUCUGCAUGAAAGACACAGGGAGACAGAGACUCUCAAAUUGAUACACAGCUAAUACAUUUUCUCCCGCGUCCGCCAUCUUGCAAGUCUAUGCUCUGAUAACUCUCUUCUUCUCUCCUUUCAUUUCUCCGAGACACUUUUUCUGCUUUUCAAACGAUCAACUCGCUGAUCAGUCUUGAUAGAUACUUUUUCCAGGCAAGGCGGUUACGUUCUUUUCUUCCAAAAUUUGCAGUUUCCCUGUUUGCUGUCUAAGUUUUCACUUGCCUACAGUCCAUUACACUACCGACUUCUCCAUCUCAGAGCAUAUGGGGCGUUCACUCAUUUUUUAAAUUUUUAUCUUGUCCUUUCUGCUUUGAUCUCUCACACCGAAUAAUUGCCCCGUGGUUUGUAGACAUGUUUACGUGUUGCGAGCGGUACUCUACAAUUUGUUGUCCUCAGACAAGCCGUAAUAGAAGGCAGUGAAAUAGUAAUACAACAGUGCGAUGUCAACAUCAUCCAUAUACUAACAAAACAAUACAACAAAUAAUGCUCACAUCGACCCAGUGUUACAGAAAUUGUAAUGUAAUAUAUAUAUAUGUAUUACAUAUAAAUCAUUUUCGAGACAUAGUCAAAUACUGCCACCUAGUGUUUCGUUCAGUCAAGUCGCCCUCAGAGAGAUUGUCUCAUCUCAACAAUCUUUUUCUUGAAAGUGCUGCCCCAAAGUUAAUAUUGCACUUAAUUUUUUUUUUACAUGGUGUUGUUUCUUGCAGGUCAAUUCACAUGUUUAAAAAAAAAAUCCAUAUUUCUAAUAGUGCUAACUGUGAUAGUCUGUGAAUAUUUAUUUUGUCCCGUGGUUCAAGUAUUUCCUGCACAUUUUUUAAAAGGGAAGAAAAAGAGAGCAAGGGGGAGCUGGGCCAAUCUAGAGCUUUGUAUUGAUAUUUCUGUGUAUAUAUUUUAAUAUGGUGUACAUUACAUUUAAUUAUUAUUCCCUAUGAUAAUAUUUAGCUGUAUUGUUGUGAUUUAAUUCAGUAUUUAAACAUGUUUGGAAAAAUUAUAAGCCUAGGUGUAUCAAAGUUUAAAUUAUUAAUGGCAGAAGCUCUGCACUCUGAAGGUGUUUUUCUAUGAUGAGGACAGAAGUCACACUGGGAAUUGUCUCUGAUUUUUCUCAACCCCAGUUAAUUGUGCCCUUUGGUCAUUUUUGCCAGAUGCCCAACGUUACAAACCCUUUGGGUUCAACUAUAUGCCAGUAGACUUAUUUUUAUAGUUAGCAUUCGCCCAGUGUAACUGUACUGUAAUUAGUCAAAUGUGAAUAAUACUGGUCUUUGCAUUUUCUUUAUUAAAUCCUCCCCUGAAAAUCUGUUUUGAUUAUUUUGCAAUCAAUGCUUUUUGUCCAUGCCAGCAGCGGGGCAAUUCUGUUCGCUUGAGGACGUGAAAAAAAAAAAGAAAAGAAAAAUAUUCAAAAACUGUUCAUCGGUUUUUGACCAACACCCUUUAUCUGGCCCAGUUCGUCAGCGCAGAGUGAUCAAUAACUCAUAUUGUACAGCUUCGUAGCCUUUAUAGCCUAUGGUUUGUCAAACAGUGGCAGUAUAUGAUUAGUUGUGAAAGCUCUAUUAUAAAGUUAAUGUAAAGCUCUAUGUUUUGAGUUGCUACCGGAGAGGCGCCGUCACCUCCAUGUGAAAGACACCAACCUGCAGCUGUAAAUACUGUUUCCUUUGUGUGUGUAUGUGUGUGUACACAUCCAAACAAUGACAAUGCAGUGGUUUUACCUGUCAUCGCUCUGUUUUACUGUAAAGAGGAAAAAUUGAAAGUGCAAAAAAAAAAGAAGAAAAAGAUUAAUAUCUUCAAAAGCAAUAAACAUUAUUCUGGA